UGUUGCAGCCGGCAACCGUCAAACUUGAUAGAUGAUAUCCAAAUUGUUAAAAUUUUCCAAAUAUUGUUGAAUAUUAUGCAUUGAAUAAUUUAAUAUCUGUAAGUGAUAUGGUAUUUUAUAAAAACAAAGAUCUAUUGUUUAAUAAAAAAUAGGAAAAAUGGCUGGUACCGACGUUGCAGCGUUAGCAGCAGAUUUAGCAAAGGCUGUGGAACUUACCUUGAGUCCUAAUGCCUCACAAGCUGACCGUUUAAAAGCCUAUCAAGCUUGUGAGAGUUUCAAGGAGACAUCUCCUUUAUGUGCUGAAGCUGGCUUGUUCCUGGCUGCAGCUACGCAACAUUCCCUUAUUUCAAGACACUUUGGAUUACAAUUAAUGGAACAUACUGUUAAGUACAGAUGGACACAAAUUAGUCAACAAGAGAAAAUCUUUAUUAAGGAAAAUGCAAUGAAACUGCUUGCUGCUGGUGGUAUAAGUGAUGAACCACAUAUGAAAGAUGCUCUUAGUCGUGUAAUUGUUGAAAUGGUUAAGCGAGAAUGGCCCCAGCAGUGGCCUGGACUUUUAAACGAACUUUCUGAUGCCUGUGGUUGUGGGGAAGUCCAGACUGAAUUAGUUUUGUUUGUUUUCUUGCGUUUAGUUGAAGAUGUAGCCCUAUUGCAGACAUUAGAAUCAAAUCAAAGGCGGAAGGAUAUAUACCACGCUUUAACAGCAAAUAUGUCCUUGAUCUUUGAGUUCUUUCUAAGACUCAUUGAGUUGCAUGUGAGUCAGUUGAGGAGUUGUUCAGAGACGAAUAGUAAUAAGGCUAUCGCUCAUAGUAGAGUUGUGCAUGUUGUUCUGUUGACCUUAACAGGUUUUGUGGAAUGGGUUUCUAUGACACAUAUUAUGGCACAAAAUGGAAGAUUGUUACAGAUACUGUGUUUGUUAUUGAAUGAUAUUGCAUUUCAAUACUCAGCUGCAGAAUGUUUGGCUCAGAUUGUUAGUCGGAAAGGCAAAAUUGAGGAAAGAAAACCACUUAUGAUGUUAUUAAACACUGAGACCAUGCAGUGUUUAUUAACAGUAGCAAAGAAUCCGGGAAGCAUUCUGGAUGAGCAAUUCUAUUUAUUCAAGAAAAAACUGUUACAGGUUCUUGGUGGAUUGACAAUUCAGCUAUGCACAUUAUGGUCUAAGGAUCCGACAUAUAGACCAGUGAAUUUUAACAUGUUUUUAGAGGCCAUUUUGGCUUACAGCAAUCAUCCCAGUUUGUGUUUGGCUCAUGCAGCCAAUCCUCUGUGGAACAGCAUGUUAAAACAUGAACACAUUGUGAGAGAUCCGAUGUUUUUGUCUUGCAUUCCUCAAUGGGUACAAUGUACCGCGCCUAAAAUAGUCAAAUUCAAUUAUUCGCAAGAAAAACAUCCUGUAGGAAGCGAAUUGAGCGAGACAGUGGCGUACGCCAAGAUAGAUUUUGACAGUGAAGAGGAAUUCUCUGCUUUCUUUUAUAGGUGCCGCUCGGAUUUCUUGAAUUCUUUUAGAGCUGCAACCUUGGUUGCACCACUAAUAACAUUCAAUUACGUAGAGCAGUGGCUGAUAAAAUGUUUAUCAGUUCCCAACACAUCUUAUGGUCUCUCUCAAACUGAUCCAUUUUUCCAAGAAUGGGAAGCCCUAGCGAAUUUUUUGGAGAGUGUACUUAGCAGGGUACUACAAGCUCACGAAAGACCGCCUAUACCUGCUGGACUGCAUUUGUUACAGAUGUGCCUAACAUAUCAACCUACUGAUCCAUUGAUUAUGUCAACAUUGUUGACAUGUAUCUCUGCCUUAUUUGUGUUCCUUAGUAUGUCCACUGGUCAGAUGGCUCCAGCUGUAAAUUCUGUUGCUGUAUCGGGCGCAGCCCUCUUACCACAAGUACUGGAGAAAAUAUUCUCUACAUUAGUCUAUGUACCGGACGGCCAAUCCAAAGACGGUCGAUCCAGAGCCUUGAAAAACGUCAGACGUCAUGCAGCCUCUUUGAUGGUUAAAAUUGGGAAUAAAUAUCCGUUGCUGCUUUUGCCAGUUUUUGACCAGAUCAGAGCGACUGUUGAGAACUUGUCUAGGCCAGAUGGUUCAGCAAAUUUGAGUACUUUGGAGAAAGUGACUUUGUUGGAAGCGCUUUUGUUAAUAUCAAAUCAUUUUGGUGACUAUGAGAGGCAAAGUACUUUCGCUGGCGAGAUUGUACACGAAGCAAACGCACAAUUUUUAGCAAUAGUUAAUUCGGGUGCUCUGAAAGGAGCUGCUGAAUUUAUUUCUUUUAUAGGUCUGAAUAAACCUGCUGUUCCAACAAACACGGACAAUAUCUGCGGUCAGAACAGAAGCAAUUUAUUUUUUUGUGUAAAUUUGGUUCUUGGUGCUAUAAAACGAUGUUCUUGGCCUGACGAUCCAGAACGAGCAACUAGAGGUGGUUUCGUGGUAUCUUUGACAGAAUCCGGUAACCCGGUAUGCCGGAAUCCCGCAGCACCUCACGUAGUUCCUCUUUUACCCCAUAUACUCUCCUUAAUUAAAAUAUUCAAUGAGCUGUUCACUCCAGAGGCUCAGAGCCUGAUCCAUGACAGUUACAAAGGAUGCCUUGCCAUGCCUGAAACAGAAAAAUCGAAUUUAUUAGGAUUAAUAGGACAUUCUUCUGACUGUGGUGACAAUUUAGGAAUCCAAAGCCCUCUAGAAAGGAUGCAGCGGUUUCUAACGACCCUACACGAAAGCUGCUAUCACAUGAUUGGUUCGAUGGGCCCCUCCUUGGGCAGAGAUUUGUACAAUAUUUCCGAUUUAGCUUUAGCGAUAACCAAUAGCGUUUUGGCAUAUUUACAAUAUGUGCCAGACUAUAGACUGAGGCCUAUAAUAAGAGUAUUUAUGAAGUCGUUUGUGUUCUCUUGUCCAGCCCCGUACUACGAGGUGGUGUUGCUUCCUGUUUUAGCCCAUAUUAGUCCGAUAUUAUUAAAUAGGUUACAUGAAAAUUGGCAACGGGUCAUCGAAUUUCGCAAUAGAGAAGUGCAAGAAGACAACGCCGACACUCAGGAGGUUUUAGAAGACUUUUUGACGCGAGCUUUGACAAGAGAAUACUUGGAUGUUCUUAAGGUUGCUCUUGUUGGAGGCAGUCUAACCCCAGAAAGUAACUCGGAAACGAUGGAAACCGAGGAACUAAGUAAUUCCCCCACUCCACCGCCUACUAGAUCUAAUUUGACGUCGGAAGUUAUUUCCGAUUUAGGUUUAAUUCUCUUGAGAAGUGAUAAGACUUGUCAGUCUAUAGUCCUGGCAGUUUUAGGCGGUCUCAGUUGGAUUGACAGCAACGCUUCGUUGAAGGCGACGUUAUUGACAGGUCCAAUUGUUCGACAGCUUACCAUAGAUGCGUCAUUGAAUGGUGAAAUGGCAACGCAUAUUAUGGCUGCCGUUUUGAAUGCGCUGAUUCUGCAUGGACAGCACGAGGCUAAUCAGGGUUCUUUACUGACUCUCGGUGCACAGAUCUAUGAAUUGUUAAGGCCAUCUUUCAUUGAAGUUCUUCGCGUUAUGCAACAGAUACCAGGCGUUAACCCUGUAGAUCUUCAAAAAUUAGACGAAAGAAUUUCGGGAAGUACCAGUAAAGGAAAUAGAAUAGAAAAAGUCAAAAAAGAUUUGUUCAAGAAAAUUACAGGAAAUCUUAUCGGUAAAAGUGUGGGGCAGCUGUUCAAAAAAGAAGUCAAAAUAAACAAUUUACCCCAGAUUAUCAUAAAUAAAAAAGAACAAAAGGAUAUCGUUCCAGACUUAAGGACUCUGUAUAAUAGCAGUUAGUGAUAAUUAUGUAUUUUAUAUGGAAAUUGACAUAUUAAACUCGUCUAUUUAUCACAAAUGGUUCUAUAAAUUAU